AUGCCUUCAGCGGUGUCUCCGAACCCGAGAGCAGGCUCGGCACCCCCUGACGAGCUCGACCACCUGCUCGACUACGACAAUGCCGUGGACGACUUCUUGCGUGAUCUCCCGAUGGGCAAUGGCGACCAGACGAACACGGCGAACGGGGACGAGCAACCGCGGGACGAAGAUCAGGAAGUGCAGGUCAAGAAGAAACGUGCUCCGGUGCCUAAGCUUGACGAGCAUCGGCUACUAUCUCAAGCUGGCAUACCCAAACUACGAAAGAUUGCAAAGACACGUCUCAAGUUCCGUGGGAAAGGACAUGAGUUCUCCGAUAUUUCUCGCUUGCUCAACACAUAUCAACUAUGGCUCGAUGACCUCUACCCUCGAGCCAAAUUCCGAGAUGCUCUGACCAUGGUGGAGAAGGUCGGCCACAGUAAGCGCAUGCAGGUGAUGAGGAAAGCAUGGCUGGACGACACGAAGCCGAAUCGCAGAGGUCAGAGCCCAGAUGUCGAGAUGUCUGGCGCCAUUGGCCAACGUGAGGUAGACCCGGAUGAUCAAGAUGAACCUGCUCGGCGAGACGAGGAUCUUUUUGCGGAAAUGGUUCAGGACAAAGAAGCACACGACAUCCACGCCGCAAAUGAUGCUCCUGAUGAUGAUGAGCUUGAUGCGCUUCUCGCAGAAGAUGGAGUGCAGUCGUCGCGACCGCAGCCACAACCGCACGUUGGAGCAAAAGGACCUUUCACUGAGGACGAGCCUGACGAAGAUGACCUCGAUGCGAUGCUCGCUGAACGGGAGAGCGCCUCGUUCCCUGCUGGCGACCAGAAUGCGACUCAACCUGCAUCCAUGAGGCACGACCCAGAUGGCGAUGAACUGGACGCGCUCAUGGCGGAGCAGUCGUCAGUUCGGCCGGUGAUCGCACAGGUGACCGAGCCUUCGCGCAGAUCACCGAAGGAAACACGGGACGAAGCCGACUUCGCUGAUGAAGAAGAGGUUCUGGCAGGCAUGGACGGCAUGUGGUGA